AUGACUGCACUGUAUGAAGAUUAUGUCAUCAUAACUGCCCCCCCGCUCUGUGCAGGUUAUCUGAUGGUGUCCAUGGAGCCCCUCCCCCCCGUCGUGAUGGGAGACACCGUCACACUUAAGUGCAACUUUCGGACGGACGGCGAGCUGAGGGAGAUCGCGUGGUUCCAGGUUGAUGAAGGAGGGAACACCAAGCAGAAGAUUUUCACCUACGAUGCUGCAUUCAACUCCAGUCAUGCCCACAGAGAGGACACACCCGAGCAGCUGGUUUACCACUCCACAGUACGGCUUCCCGAGGUUCAGAUGGAGGACAACGGCCUCUACGAAUGUCACGUGAGCGUCUAUGAUGGCGGCUCCCCCGACCUGCUGCUGCUGGGCUCGGACAGCACCGCCCUCACCAUCAUUGUUCCUCCUCGCUCCAUCUCUGUGGAGGCCGCCAACAGCCCCGCCCCUUUCAGCCGCUAUGAGGCCCAGAACUUCACCUUGGUCUGCAUGGUUUCAGGAGCCAAACCAGCUCCUGUGGUGUACUUCAAGCGGGACGGUGAGCUGAUUGAUGUUCUACCAACCGUCCAGUCCUCCUCCAAAACGUCGGUGGCUUCCAGUUCAGAACAAAAGUGGGCUCCAAACCAGACGGAGCAGUGGAGCCUCAGAGUUCACACCAAGUGGGACCUGGACGACACCAAACUCCAGAGGUCUCAGUCUCUGCUGGACCAGGAAGGGAAGCUGGCUGGCCAGGAUUCCCCAGAACUGACUGAAGAAGAGGAGACCGACUCGGAGCCUGAGCCGACCACCGAGGUGAUCCCGGAGACCGUUGUGAGCCGGGAGUUCCCGCGCUGGGUCCAAAGCACAGACCCGCUGUACUACUUCCAGCACUGGCAGCAGGCGACGGGUGACGGCACCACCGACGUCAAAGCCAUGCUGACCUGGAGCCUCAACCCCCAGCUGGACAACGAGGCUCUGUUCAGCUGCGAGGUCAAGCAUCCGGCUCUGUCCAUGCCCAUGCAGGCCGAGGUCACACUCACCGCCCCCCGAGGACCAAAGCUGACCGUGACCCCCACCGAGGCCAAAGUGGGUGACACCGUGCGGAUCGCCGUCCGAGGUUUCCAGCUUGGACCUUCUGCGACGGAGGUCUUUCCCGAGCCCAUGUUCACCUGGACCAGAGUGGGGGGGCUCCUCCUGGACGGCAGGGAGAAGCACGAGGGCCGGGAGCUGGUUCUGGAGCGAGUCCCCGCCGAGCUGAACGGCUCCAUGUUCCGCUGCACCGCCCAGAACCCUCUGGGCUCCACGGACACCCACACCCGCCUCAUCGUGUUCGAAAAUCCCAAGCUGAAGAAAGGAAAAGAAAACUUCAUCGUCAUCAGUGCAGAAAGCAGCCGGCGCUCGCUCUCCUUCACCUCCAUGCUGCUGAUGCUGAGACUCACCUGCGAGCUGACGUGACCCCGAGGCUCUGCCGACCCCCCCAGCCCAAAGUCUCUCCACUCAUACGAGGACGGAUGCUGCUGCCUCCACCCCCCUAAGCAGGACUGUAAACACUGCACCGUUCUGAGUGUUCACGCCCCCCACCCUCAUGGUUUUGUCUCUACCAUCACAGACACAUUGGGGACAGGGUGCUGUCUGGACUCGGCACCAGCCUCCAUCGGGACACACCUGAGGCAGGUACGAGGAGGACAGGGUUUCUGGAAAACCUGCAGGACACCAGCCCUCAAAGACGGGAGGGAGCCCCCCAGGACAGAGGCAGUCCUGACUGUAUUCAUAUGUUAAUGAAGAUAACCAUGUUUAAUGCCUUUACAUGAACAGAGUGUUCCAGAAGAUUCACAUGAUGGUUCAGUAAACAGGACACAGUUCUGUUUAGUUACUGUUCAGUUGGAUGAAUUAAGCCCAUAAUGCACCUCUUGACCUUCCUGGAAGGCUCAAAGCGUUUACAGUCACACACAGAUGAACACUGUCUGACACUGGCACCAUGCUAAAACCACCAGGAGAGGGCCUGGACCGAGCCCUGGGGAACACCAGAAAGUGUUUAGAUGAACUCAGGACAACCUGGGAGAAAAGGAGGGAAAACCUGAGGCACAGGGUUGCUGGAGCCUAUCCUAACACCUGCUGGGUGAAGGCGGCGCACACCCUGAGCGGGUCACCACUCGGUCACAAGGACUCACUCACAUGCAGACCUGAUUUAGAGAUGCAGGACAACCCAUGAAGAAUGUUUUCGGACUGAGCUCACACAUGCAUGAGAACAUCUGCAUAGAAACGUCCCAGUUGGGAUCUGAAGCAGAGCUCUCCUGCUGUGAGGCCUCAGAGAAAAAGAAUGACAAGUAAAAACUUCAGGAAAUCACAUAGUUUGGGUUUGAAAUUCUAUGGAAUCUAUCUCUGGUUUCAAUGAUGGAGGUCAAAGGUUUCCUGUAGAUCUGCAGCAGGUUUGUAGAUGCUAGUUUGGUCCAUUCUUCCAUGCAGAUCUCCUCUAGAGCUGUGCUUUUUUGAUCUGGAAAACGGACUUUCAACGGCCUUCACAGAUUCUCUGUUAGAUUAAAGACUGAUAGAACUUGUUGUAUCCAUCCCCAUGCUUUACAGUGGGUUAUGUCUAUGGAGAUACAUUAGGGCCAAUAUUAUUUGAA